AUGGGAGACGCGGAUCAGACCGCCAUUACAGCUCACCUGAAGCAGCUCUACGCGGAAUAUCGCCACACAGCGGAGCUCGAAACAAAGGCUCGCUUCUUUUCUCCAGAUUGUCGUCAAAUUUGUCGAACAAAUGCAGAUUUCGCUGCCAAGGACAGAGAUACAAUAAUGAGAUAUCUUCGAGAGACUUCUGGCAAAGAAGUCGAGAACAUAAAACAGCUCGUGGAAAAUCCAGACAAGAAGCCCGACGUCGUCGGUCAAGCGACAGAUACUCCAGCUGGCGUUGGCGUCAAGAAGAAGAGCUUCUACACAAUCCGGCCGCUUAGAGACGACGAGAUGGAGUUUGGGAGCGAUGAAAUUGUCGUGCCUGCAGGGUUCAACUCAGCUGCCGACACGAAGCUUCAAGCAGACAGGGAACAAUGGCUCGGUAUGAGGGUCGAUCUUUGGGAUGACGAGGGAACUGAUGAUGAAGGGAGGUCGAAGGGGAUCUUGGUCAAGGUGCAGUACUGGUGGAGAAAGGACGCAGACGUGUGGUUGCAGAUAUUGCACGACAUCAUGUAUCUUGGGCCACGAGAUGGUACCGAAGGAAGCGAGGGAGACACUCUGGAGUGA